AUGAGGAGGAUGAAUGGUGGAAAUUUUGUGCAGCAAAGAGUAUCCCUAAAGUGGCUAAACCAGACUAGUGAUUCACUAACAUACACCUCCGGUGAUGUCUGUAAUGGGAAUUUCCCCAAGUGCAUUCUAACCCAAGUACACGACUUUUCUUCCGAUGGAUCAGGCAUCAUUUUAACAACAGAGGAGAAUACCAGGCUCUGUAGAAUUGCUAAUGGAGACUAUGGUGACGAUGAUGACAAUGAGAAUGAAAUUGCUCCACCAACCGCAAAGGAUGAGGGAGAAGUAUCCCUCCCGAUGAGACUGCCGGGAGUUAGUUUAUCAGUUUUGUUGAAGUAUCCUCAACAAGCACAAGGAUGGAAAAGAGUCUCCUGGUUUAUGAAUUCAAAAGUUCUGUCAGUUCCAAAAGGAAAAUACGUGGAACUAGACUUUACCAUACACAGCAUGUCAUGGGUUGUGACACCUUGUGUUCGGGGUUAUUAUCUUGAGAUCCAUGAUGGCAUUAAUCAGUCAGCCAAUGUUCUUCGAAUGUUCUGUGGAGAUCACAAAACCGCUGUAGUGCGAUCCAGAGGACGAUACAUGUGGUUAAGAUUUUUCCCCAAUAGGGGGUAUUAUUUUAGAGCAUACUACAUCGGAAGAUCCUUCAAUCAAACAGCAACACUCACAAUGAAAGAGGUACCCAAGACACAGUAUGUACUUUUGAACAGAACUUCCAGCCUGUGGUGCCCAGUGGAAGGUGCGCCAGCUCCAUACAUUGUGUGGAGAAAAAAUGGUGUUGUUGUACAAAAUAGCACCAGUAUCAGAUAUCAGCUUCUUGAAACUGCCGAAAAUACUGCAAAUUACAGCUGUGAGGUACGAAGAGGUGAAAAGAUAUCAUGGAGAGAAAUCAGCCUCAACAUUGAAAGGUGCCCAGGCCCCUGUGAGUGCAGCAUUUUAAAGGGAACAAACAACAAUCUGCUUCGAGUGAACUGCAAUGGGAAAGAAUUGAUGUCAUUUCCAUGGAAAAUUCCCCUCGCAACAGCAGGCUUGAGUCCAAGAAAGAAAGAAAGAAAAGCGGAGAAAGAAAAGAAAAGUUCCAG